GUCAACUCUCUCGUACCGCUUCCUCCUCGUCUUUGUUUGUUGAACCAGUUCUCCCCUCUCUCUCUCUCCAAACUAACUCGUAUCUUCUCCUCUGUUUUCACCGAAUCCGGAAAGCCUGGUUUAACUUGGGGUGUGACUUGGACAGGUCAACUUGCCGGGGAAGGAAGAGGAAGUACUAGAAGAAGCAAUCUUCUUGCAGCAUCUCAAUCUGCGGGCAAUCAUUGGUCAUAUAAGUGGGGAAGCUGUUCGUGGGCAUGCCUGCUACGAAGAAGAAGACUGAGCGGAGUGGCAUUACACACAUAUUCAACAAUAUGCUGAAGGAGAUUGGAAAGCCUGUUGACUUUGAACUCCCAGAUUGGUUAAAUAAAUGGAACCCUAUGUCCUACACAUUUAUAAAGCGCAAUAUAUAUCUCACUAAGAGGAUAAAAAGGCGUCUGGAAGAUGAUGGUAUAUUCUGCUCUUGCAGCUCAUCAAUUGGAUCUUCUGGUGUAUGUGGUAGAGAUUGCCUCUGUGGGAUACUACAGUCUAGCUGCUCCGCAGGUUGUAAAUGUGGGACUUCAUGUCUUAAUAAACCGUUCCACCAGCGACCUGUGAAGAAGAUGAAAAUAGUGAAGUUGAAGGAACCUUGGGAUGAGGAAAUCAGUGAGACAGGCCAUGGUGGUGAGGUGGAGAAGAGAGAGAUGUGGACCGAGAAAUGUGGAUCAGGGAUUGUAGCUGAUGAAGAUGUUAAACAAGGAGAGUUUGUGAUAGAAUACGUGGGAGAAGACCAAGAUUGCCACUGUGGUGCUGCAGGCUGCAGGCAAAAGCUGGGUGUUAAGCCUAACAAGCCAAAGCUGCCUUCUUCAGAUGCUGCAUUGAAAAUAGUUGCAUAUCAGGUUGCUGUUACCUCUCCCAAAGUGAAAGCAAUUUUAUCCAGAAAAGAUGUACGUAUGGUUGAUAAGUUAUUUUUUAUGGCUUUGGUGAUUUCUGCAUCUUCAGCAUUCCAAUCUAGCUGUGAUUUCUGUGUCUUGCCUUUGGAAGGGAGGAAGAAGCUGAUGAAGUUUUGCUUAUGA